GGCAAUGCCCACGAGUCCACGGGCUGCAACAAGCGAGCUGCGAGGCUCGCCCGCUUGUCGAUACAGCUUUGCGGAGAUCGACUCGCCGACUCACGAUAACUUUGGACCCUUGACCCCACCAACAUACUCUCGCAUCCUGAUGGGUGGAUGCCCGCUCGCUGUGGUCAAUAGCAUCUAUCUGCAUCUUGCUGGCAAAGAUCGACCAUCAAUCGGACUCGCGCUCCUAUAGCUCUUUGGGCACAUUCGCCGGUCCCGCUGGCUUCUUCUGUCAGCCGCAUUGGGCGCCCAUCAUGCCAUCCGACAUUUCUCGUAGCCGAAGCACGCCCCUCAUCACCAUCUCAUGCGCCCUCGUCUCGUACGUGCACACGCUCUUUGGAUUUCUUGCCUUUGGCGGGGCCUUGGUGCUCGCACUUAGCCUGCACUACAAGAAGGUGGUCAAGAAUGGCGUGGCUGGUUGGCCUUACGAGUAUUGGCCGAGCGUCAGCGCUACUAUAGGAGACUGGUACCCAGAGCGCAACAUCUUUCAAAUCUUCAUUGCGCUCAUGUCAGGUCCUAGGCUGGCAUUGGUUUUGCUUUCAAGCCUCCUUGUCUCCCUCUCCAACCCGACUUCAUCCAGAGCCAAGGUGCUGCUGGCAGUAGGCGUGUUGCGCACCUUUUCAUGCGGUGGCUGGGUCUACAUCACCUCGACGGAUGACCACGAUGUCCACGAUGUAUGCAUGAUUGCAUACCUCGUGCUCACUCCAGCCUGGAUGUACAUCAGCAGCGGCAGUCUGAGUCUGGCAUCGCCCACUUCAGCUGCGGAGCACUCCUCCAACGCGGUGACAGCAUCCGCCAUCGCAACCAAAGCGCGCACCAUGAGACGGAGAGCAGCCUUUGCUUUCUGGUCAAUGAUUCCGUUCAUGAUCUUGUUCUUCUACCGACACAAGGUCCAGCAUAUACCCGGCGCAUACACCCAUUACUCCUUCUUUGAAUGGGGCUUGAUCGUCUUUGACUUGCUCUUUGACUUUGCAAGCGUCUACGAUUUAAGCAGACUGGAGUUACACGUCGUCGAAGCCGCUGCGCCGCAACGUCCUGCUGGACCCGCAGAGCGCGAACUUGGAAUUCCAAAGCUCUUCGGCGGUUCUUGGGUGGAUGGCGGGACGGCUGCUGCUGUAGAGAAGGGAGCAUGGUCCACGCCGCCACAGAGACUCGGCGGUAUUAGCGCCGCACAAAAGUCAGGGUACAAGAGCAAGUCCAGUAGCCGUGACCAGGACCCAGUAGAAGCAUCAGCCCUUCGAGACAUCAUCAGCCUGCUAGCCGAGACCUACAUAGGCUUCUGCUUCUGGACAACUUUGACGGCUCUGCACCCGACCAUCUUCUUCUUCAGCGUCUACAAUCUCGCAGUCGGAGGACACGAAGUGCUGCUAGUUAGCCAAGUUUUCGCGUUGGGCUUUUGCCUCUUACCUUUCGUUCGGCGAAGGCUAUUGGUCGAGCCUAAAUACCAAUCUGCAUCGGUCGCUUGUGUCGGCAGCACCGCGCUGGGUGCUGAGGUGACGCUCCGUACCUUGAGCCUGGUUGGAAUGGGCUGCUGGUGGAUCGCCAAUCCGCUUGCCAGACUGAUGUUGACUGCAGUUGGCGCCAUGGGCUUUGCGGUGCAUUCAACAUUGGAUUGGGCAGCUGCGUGGGAACGCGAGGAGCUGCAGCGCAAAGUCACUGUGUGGCUGCUCGGCCUAUUUCUCUCUAGCUUUGCGAAGUACGCCAAUCACAGCAACAAUCCAGCCUGGCCAUUCAUGAACCAGACGAAUGGCGGUCUCAACGGCGUAGCGCUCUCCCUUGCUGUGCUCGCGAAUGUGGAACAGCUCUAUGUGCACGUCGUAGCGAGACAAGCGAAGCUCGCACCUCUCCGUAACAGAGCUGCACCGCAGAGCUGGCUGUCCACCGUCGCGGCCGCUGUGUCGGCUGGCAGCUUGAUCUACUCGUUGCACACGUACAUCACCGACAGUGGCACGAUGAUCUCGUGGACUUGGACCGGAUGGCCUGUUACAGGUCCAAUGGCCAUUCCACACGGCGUUUUUGUCCUCGGUGCCUCGCUUGUGUCGCUCAUGCUAUCACUUGCUAUCCCCGACCUGGGCUCUCACAUUCUCUGGUUCUUCUUAGGCGCAUUCGGGUCAUACCAACUCUUGACUGCAUCAGACUGGGACGCCUUCCUCGGUGCUAUCGCCGUGGCAGUGUUCUUGCCGCCGAUCGCUUUGCCCAUUCUUACAAACGCAAUGCAGCACCACCCCCUCAAGAUCAUGCUUGGAGCUUGGCUCACGGCAGACUUGAUGACCUUCUUCCAAACUCUGACUGUUGCAUACGCCUUCGUUCCGGGCGGGAAACCUUUUAGAGAACACUCGGAUGCCAUGAUGGUGGCACAAUUGGCGAUGCUGUUGGCCGGCAUGACUGGCUUGAGGAUGUCGCAGCCUUCAGCCGCGCCACGGACACGCGCAUCGCUAGAAGUGUUGAGUAGGAAAGGGACGCGCUUGUUCAAGUACACAGGUGCCGUAGUCUUGGCGAUUGCAGCAGCGGCAGCAGUCAUCUCCUCGGUCCGCCUCGUGCCUGCUAAUUCUGUGCAGCCGUAUCGCCCGCAAGAGCGAAUCCUUACGGCUGGCAUUUGGACGGUCCACUUCGCUCUGGAUCAGAAUCUUUAUGAGUCGUCAAGACGGAUGUCGACUUUGAUCGGCGACAUGGAGUUGGACGUCGUUGGCCUACUUGAAUCUGACUUGCAACGGAGCGUGUUUGGCAAUCGAGAUCUGACACAGUAUCUUGCUCAAUCGCUGGGCAUGUACGCAGACAUAGGUCCUGGACCGGACAAGCAUACGUGGGGCGCGACUUUGCUCUCGAAGUUCCCGAUCGUCAACACUACGCACCAUCUGCUGCCCAGCCCUCAUGGCGAGCUUGCACCCGCUAUCCACGCCGUAUUGGAUGUGUACGGCGUGCACACACACGUCAUCGUCAGUCACAAUGGUCAGGAAGAAGACCCUCUCGAUCGCGAGCUGCAAACGACGGAGCUCGCUCGGAUCCUGCGCGAAGCAUAUCCGCAUCCAGCCAUCUUCCUGGGCUACGUCGUCACGAAGCCUCAUGCAGAUAGACCAGCCCCAUAUAAGAUCCUAUUCGAAGAUGGCAAGAUCCUCGACGUCCAUCCCGGCGACGGCGAGAGAUGGUGCCAGUAUCUAGGAUUCAGAGGCCUGGACCGCAUCGGCUAUGUCCGAGUGUCCAGGUACACCGUGACCGACACAGAACUGCAAGUGAUCAAGCUGCGCGUGCCGGAGGUUGGGCAGGUAAUCGACCCUGACACGGACUCGAGGUCCAGGAUCACCUCUGACGAUGCUUUGCCCAAGGAGUGGCGCUUCCCUCACAAAUUCAUCGACCCGCCUGCUAUGGUCUACAACAAGCACAAGUACUCUCCAUUUUAUUUCCCUCUUGCCUUUGUACCCUAAGUGCCGUUUGCUCUCUGCAAUGUUCUCGAAACGCAUCUUGCUUUGCAACACCACUAUCUUUGCGGUCGAUACGAGCCAAGCUCUUUCUCACAGGACGCAACUCGAAAGCUUGGCAUGCGAGCUACAUGCGUGACGCAAACACUGCCGUGGCAAAUCAAUUCCCCUCACAGUCUGCGAUUGGA